UUCAUUGGCUGAGUUUCAUUUGGACUGUCACAUGCGCGUGUUGCUCUGUUUGGUUUCACUUCCGCACUCCUUCACCGCUAUCUUUAGCCUGUUAGCCUCUUGGGCACAGUUGAAGGGAAAGCGUGUUAUCUCUUCAGGGCCGAAUUAAAAGGGCGGAAAACGUUGAUUAAAAAUAAUAAUGUAAAACAGACUCCGCGCAGAUGAAGUUUGUUUUAUGCGCAUAUCUAAAGAGUCGGCUAGUUGCUAAUUGAGUCAACCAGGAAGCGACGUUAGCGUGAGGAAGCUCAGAGCAACUGUUUAAACUGUCAGCUUGUAUGAUAAACUGUUAGAUUUCUCACAAAGAAGAUUUCCCCGCUGAUUCGCAGUGACGGGAGUCAUGAAGGUGUUCAGUAGCUGCAGAGGAAUCUCGUUCCUCAUGUGGAUCAUGGCAUUUCAUCUGGUCCUCUCUGUGAGUGGGGUGUAUAGUGUGAAGAGCACCAAAGACUGCAAACUGUUAUCUCACAGUCCAUUACAGCAGAAAGUUCUGGAGCGACUAGAGCCGCUCGUAGGAAAGAACUUUACAGCUGAGGACAAGGCUUCGAACGAGAGCUACACAUAUGUGUUCCAGUUAUGUGGGGAUGCAGGGGGUGCUCCCAAUGCUGGGGUUAUUCAAGUGGACAAGAAAUUACAGAAGACAACAGUGAUUGGCAAAUACACGCAUACACAGGCCAUUGGAGGAAGUGACUGGGUGAUGCUGAUCUACACAAAUGGUGAAAAAUACGAUGCACACUGCAAUAAGGAAGAAAGGAAAGCCAUCAUUAUGAUCUCUUGCGACAGGAAUGUAAAAGUGGGUAAGCUGGAGGUGGGUCUGGAGGAGAGGGAAAAGGAGGAAAACUGUUUCUAUCUGUUUGAGUUGGACACCAGUUCAGUGUGUCCUGUAAUUGAGUCCAAGCUCAGCACUGGCUCCAUUAUCAGCACUGGCUCCAUUAUUCUCAUCAUUGGUUUCUCUCUUCUGGCUGUUUACCUUGUUGGAGGUUUCCUCUACCAGCGGGUGAUCGUUGGAGCUAAAGGGGUGGAGCAAUUCCCCAAUUAUGCUUUUUGGGUGGAGUUUGGAAACCUGGCAGCGGAUGGAUGUGACUUUGUGUGCCGGUCGCGCAAGCGAGAGGAAUCGCCAGCUUACAGGGGAGAGGCUACAGACAAUUUACAGGAAGAGCCAGAGGAGAGAGAUGACCAGUUGCUGCCUAUGUGACCUUAGUAUGUUGGGACUAAAAUCUUCACCGUGUGAUGCAGUUUAAUCGGUUACAGCUUAUCAGGCUGCUUGUAGACACAAGUCUGUUUUCUUGUGGGGGGGUUGUGAGUGAAUUACGUCAGUACUUGCUAAUUCUGUGUUUAUUCCAGACUUGUGCCUAGGGCAAAAAAAUCUUUCAUCUCCCUGUCACACAGGAGGGCAUGUUACUCAUAGGGCUGAUGAUCAUGUCCACACUUUUUACACCGUACGUUUCAAACAGUUGUUUGAUGUCAGACAAAUGAGUGAUUCCUUCAAGAAAGCUAUUUCACAAUAAAGACUCUUCUGUGAAAAUCUGGCAGAAAAGGGAGAAUUUGAAGAAUCAUAUUUCUAUCUUGUGUCAGCUAAAUGCCACAUUGUGUACAGUUCUUUUCUGCUAAACGAAUGCUUUAUUUUUUUUCUCAGAUGUUGUUGGUUUGUCACGAGCAGAGGGGUGUACUGAAAAGCAAAUUCAAUAUAAUUGGUGGGGUUGUGUUAGCUGGCUUGAUAAAAGCCUAGAAGCCCCGAUAAGAGAUAAGGGUUACAAUGGUGGUUAUCAGUUUUCUUCAUUAACUCAGGCUUUCUGCUUCAUGCUCUGUGCAGUUUUAGAUGCGUCAUUUAACUCUUUGACUUUACAAAAUCGAUCAUUUGAGCUCCGUCUAAUCAGGUGAUACAGAUCUAUAAAUAACAUGCAACACUGCAGCUGCAAAGGAAACGAGAGUAAUGCUGCCGAAAAUCUUUAAUCUUGUGAAGUCACGAUCAUUACACGCACACUUAUCAGUAAAUUAAAUAGUUUACUUCAUAAUAUAUUUAUUUCACCUCUGCUGUUGAUUUCUAAUGUGACAAAUUACAGCUCUUAAACUUUAACACACUCCCACAGCCUAAAGAAAGCAUCACUUCAGUUUGUCGUCACUUGUAAGAUAAAUUACUUUUAUUCAUUCAGAAUUCUUGGUGUAACAGUUCUAAACUUUGUUCCAGUAGGUGGAAUUCUAGCAGAUUAGGACCAAAAAUAAAGACAUUUAUAAAAGAAAAAUUGAAUAUUCCAGUUAGAAUCUGCAGUGCUGUUUUAGAAGUGUCUCAACAGGUUUUAUAUUCUGGAUAAAUGACAUUCCUACAGCAGAGAAUCUGUAUUGCAGCUAAAGCUUACUGUAAAUAAGAGAAUCAGUGAAAAUGUGGCUCUUCAGUUCAAUUACAAACCGAAAGGCUGCGCAGGACCAGGCUACGUGUAUGACAGUAGUUAAGAUGCUAAAAAGAGAGUGAAUGAAAGCCCAACAUACCUCGCUAACCCAUUAAUCUGGCUUCAUAGUACACCCCUCUGUGUUUAUUUGGGUUGAGCUUGCUUAAUGUUCACA